UUUUUGUCUCGUUUCACAUGACGGAACUGUUUAUUUCGUAGCAGAAGCUGCAGGUAGUUUGGUAGACGAGCUGCAGCUCUAUUUUCUGAGACAAACAACGGAGAAUACUGCACAGAAAGACAUUGUAUGGUUGAAAAUCUCUUUUUUUGAGCCAAAAUGGCGAUUAACUUCGGCGUUAAGGCUCUUCUCAGCUGGGUCAACGGUAUAAAACUGUCAGACCAGGAGAUCACUACUGGCGAUUUACAGGAUGGGACAAUCCUACUGAAGCUUGUUUACAUAUUGAAAAAGGAGCCCAACCCCUGUCUCAGUGAUUCCAUUGAGGAUCGGUUCAGACUUAUUGCAGGCUUCUUGGAAAGGGAUUGCAGAUUUGAUGCAGCCAAAGGUGCUUCCUUAUCUUGGGACAACCUAAGAGAUGGCCUCAACCCAACAGGCGAAAUUGCGAAGGUGCUUUUGCUGCUUAUAUAUCAUGACAUGAUGAAUGACCGCUGCACUCUAAACACAUUGGAUUGCGAUGUAGAGAGGGAACUAGCAAACCUUACUGGUUCCUUUGUGAUGGAGAGCGAUGGCUGUGUUUAUCUGAGCAGUGGGCUUGAUGCUUACUUGGCAAAGAGAUAUUUGCCCGUCUCCCGGGACAUAUUUCACCAAUCAGCAACCACCUCUACCUCCAGUGUGUCAACUGCCUCCUCAUUUUCAGAUGAGGACUCUCCUGUCUUCCAUCGCACAAAGAAAAUCACAUUUGUGGACAUGGAAACUGUUGCUUCUUCUUCUGUCAGCAAGUCUCCUCUGGAGGAUGUUAUGAACACACCCAAGUUUCAGAUGAGGAAAAUGCAACGACAGAUCAUCAAAGAUAGAGACUACAGAGACAAUUUGGAGAGAGAGUUGUGCAGCAAGAUCACGCUAAUUGCACAGAGAGAGUCUCAUAUUAACCAGCUCCAGUACCGCCUUGAUAAGCUGAAAGAAGAGCAAGGCGCUCAGGAGCAGGUUACCAGAGAGCAACUCAAUGAGCUUGAAACCAAGAACAACACGUUACAAAUGCGUCUUGAUGAGAUACUAAAGCAAAACAGAGAUCUCAAGAGUACCUCUUGUCUUAUGGAGCGCAAAGUGGAUGAGCUUACAGAUGAAAAUGGAGUGCUUUCUUCUCAGAUGAGAGGAGUAUGUUCACAAUUGGCCAUCUUUGAGGAAGAAGUUGGUCGACUGACAAAAAAUGAAGCAUCUGCUCAGGAGGAGUGGAGAAACAAAACAAACCACCUCCAGUCUGAACUCAACCAAGCAACUGCUCAAAAGGAGCUCCUGACUGAACAAAUUCAGAUCCUCCAGUCAAAGAUUUCCUGUUUAGAGGAUGAAAUAAGCAAGGUCUCUAAGGAAGAAGUAGGAGAGAAUAUGGGGCCUAUAAUGGAGAGAGCAACAUUGGAGGCUGAAAUCAAUGGUUUGAAGAAUGAGCUGGAGAGCACAUGCUGCUCCCUGAAAAAGGCUGAGGUGGAGAUUAAUGCUAAAGCUCAACAGUUAGCUGAGUACCAACAAGAAAUUACUCAACAUAAAGAGCUCCUGAAGCAACAAAAGUCCCAAACUCAAGAAAUGAUUCAAGCCAAGGAUGAAGCUUUGGACAAGUUCAAGAAAGAGAUAGCUGAAGAGAGAGCAGUUCUUCAGCAAGAGAUCCAGGAUCUCAAGCUUCAACUUGACCAAGUUGAGAAACAGAAAACGGAGCAGAUGACCAGGCUACAGCAGCAUAUUGCUGCUUGUGAGCAAGAAAUUGGAAAACUAAAGGAAAUUAAGAAAGAGAAGGAAGCUCUUCUACAUCAGACUGACAAAAAGGUGAAGGAUAUUGAGACCAAGUUAUCUGCUGCGACUUCUCUGUUAGAUGUUAAAGAGCAACAAAUUAACACUCUCAAGGAGGAAGUUGAUUUACUUACAGAUGAAACUACAAAACAGAAGAAUGAAAUUCAAGCCAGAGAGGAAGCACUGGCCAAAUUGCUUUUGGAGAAAUCAAAUGAACAAGAAGUUCUUCAUCAUAAGAUCCAGACUUUAACAGCUCAAGUGGAAGACCUUAGCUCAUCGCUCAAACAAGCGGAGCAAGAAAUGCAACUUAAACAAGACCUACUGGCUCAAACCCAUCAAGAGAACGUCCAACAAAGGGAGAUACUUCAACAACAGAUUUUAACCUCUGAAGAGGAGGUACAGAAACUAAAGGCAGGGAUCCAAGAAAAGAAUGAGCAGCUUGUUAUGCUAAAGAAUGCCAGCUCUCAACAGUCUGAAUCUCUGGAGCAAGAAAUUAAAAUGCUAAAAGACCAACUAGAAACGCUGAAUGAAUCGUUCACAAAGACCAAGGAACAAGUUUUGGCUCACCAGGCAAUGCUUACAAAGCAGCAGGAGGAUAGUGCUCUUCAGAGGGAGCUCCUGCAGCAACAACUGUCUGAUUCUGAAGAGGAGGUGAAGAAGAUGAAGGAGGAGAUCCAGUCUAAAGAAGAACAGAUGAACUUGCUGAAAAAUCAAAAUUCAGAGCAGGCAGAACAACUGCAUCAUGAAAUCCAGGAUUUAAAGAAACAGGUUGAGUGUCUUAGUUCCUCAUUGAGGACUGCUGAGGAGAACUUGCAAUCCAAGGAAACUCUGUUUGCAGAGCAGCAACUACAGAGAGCUCAGCAUGUGGAGGACCUCCAGACACAGAUGGCCGCAUCACAAGAUGAGGUGAAGAGUCUAACCACAGAGAUUCAUGCAAAAGAGGAACAGUUGGCUGAGCUAAAGACUGAGACCUCUACACACUCUGAAUCAUUGCAACAACAGAUUCAAGGUCUGAAUAAACAAAUGGAAAGAAUGAGCAGUUCUCUGGAGCUUGCCAAGGACCAGAUUCAAGCCAAAGAAGAUGUGAUGGCCAAGCAGGAACAGGAGAGCACUCUGCAGAUUGAAGAACUGAGAACGCACAGUGCAGUUCUUGAGGAGGAGGUGAAUCGGCUGAAACUGGAGAUCCAAACUAAACAGGGUGAGGCAGAAAUGUUAAAAGCUGAGAGCUGCAAGGAGUCUGAGGUCCUACAGAAAGAGAUUCAAACUCUCAGGGAUCAAGUACGUUGUCUGAGUGAAUCACUGAAGGCUGCCACAGAGCACGUUGAGGCUAAAGAAAACUUGUUGGCUCAGAAAGAAAUUGAAAUUUCUCAAGAAAAGGACUCGUUCCAAAACAUGAAGACCACCUCUGAAGAGGAGAUGAAAAGCCUUAGGGAAAUAAUCCAAGCUAAAGAAGAACAACUGGUCACACUAAAAGAAGAGAGCUCCAUGCACUCUGACAUGCUGCAGCAAGAGAUCAAAAAUCUAAAAACCCAACUAGAUCAUAUGGGUGACUCUCUCACAAAGGCUGAAGAUAAGGUUCAGGCUCAGAUAGAUUUGCUUAACAAACAGGAGGAGGAUAGUGCUCUUCAGAGGGAGCUCCUGCAGCAACAACUGUCUGAUUCUGAAGAGGAGGUGAAGAAGAUGAAGGAGGAGAUCCAGUCUAAAGAAGAACAGAUGAACUUGCUGAAAAAUCAAAAUUCAGAGCAGGCAGAACAACUGCAUCAUGAAAUCCAGGAUUUAAAGAAACAGGUUGAGUGUCUUAGUUCCUCAUUGAGGACUGCUGAGGAGAACUUGCAAUCCAAGGAAACUCUGUUUGCAGAGCAGCAACUACAGAGAGCUCAGCAUGUGGAGGACCUCCAGACACAGAUGGCCGCAUCACAAGAUGAGGUGAAGAGGCUAACUGCAGAGAUUCGUGCAAAAGAGGAACAGUUGGCUGAGCUAAAGACUGAGACCUCUACACACUCUGAAUCAUUGCAACAACAGAUUCAAGGUCUGAAUAAACAAAUAGAAAACAUGAGCAGUUCUCUGAAGCUUGCCAAGGACCAGAUUCAAGCCAAAGAAGAUGUGAUGGCCAAGCAGGAACAGGAGAGCACUCUGCAGAUUGAAGAACUGAGAACGCACAGUGCAGUUCUUGAAGAGGAGGUGAAUCGGCUGAAACUGGAGAUCCAAACUAAACAGGGUGAGGCAGAAAUGUUAAAAGCUGAGAGCUGCAAGGAGUCUGAAGUCCUACAGAAAGAGAUUCAAAGUCUCAGGGAUCAAGUACGUUGUCUGAGUGAAUCACUGAAGGCUGCCACAGAGCACGUUGAGGCUAAAGAAAACUUGUUGGCUCAGAAAGAAAUUGAAAUUUCUCAAGAAAAGGACUCGUUCCAAAACAUGAAGACCACCUCUGAAGAGGAGAUGAAAAGCCUUAGGGAAAUAAUCCAAGCUAAAGAAGAACAACUGGUCACACUAAAAGAAGAGAGCUCCAUGCACUCUGACAUGCUGCAGCAAGAGAUCAAAAAUCUAAAAACCCAACUAGAUCAUAUGGGUGACUCUCUCACAAAGGCUGAAGAUAAGGUUCAGGCUCAGAUAGAUUUGCUUAACAAACAGGAGGAGGAUAGUGCUCUUCAGAGGGAGCUCCUGCAGCAACAACUGUCUGAUUCUGAAGAGGAGGUGAAGAAGAUGAAGGAGGAGAUCCAAGCUAAAGAGGACCAGAUGAUACUGCUGAAGACUGAGAGCUCAGAGCAGUCGGAUUUGCUACAUCAAGAGAUCCAAUGUUUAAAGAAACAGGUGGAGGCUCUUGGCUCCUCACUAAGGAUGGCUGAAGAGCAACUGCAAUCCAAGGAAGAUCUGUUGUCUCAGCAACAAGCUGACUUGGCACAAAAAGCAAAAGAGAAUGCUGAAGUCUAUGAAAAAACUCUGACUGAGAUAAAGGCAGAGAGCUCCAAACAGUCAGAUACUCUCCAACAUGAGAUCCAGAAUCUGAAAGGGGAGGUGGAAAUCAUUUCUCUAAAACUUCUGACUACAGAGCAGAAGUUACUUGAAACUGAGCAGGAGUCUGCUCAGAAGAUAAACCUCCUCGAGCAGCAGCUUGUGUCAGUAAAUGCAGAGCUGAAUCAACACAAAGAGACACUGGCUGCAAACCUCAGGCUAAAGGAGGCUGUGCAAGAGUUGCAGGUUUCCACACUCAGGGAGAAAGAGGCUCUUGUUGAGCAAAAAGAAGCCCUAGUGGACAGGAUACUUCAGGCAACAAACGAUUACGAAGUUCUGGAGAAACGAGUUGAAGCCGUAGUCUUGGAGAAGGAGAGACUUGCUCAAGCCAAGCAGGCCAUUGAGAGAGAGAACAUAGCUUCCCGUAAAUUGGAGUCUGUGCGGCAGCAGGAGGUGGAACUGUUGAAAAUGGAGAAGGAGAAACUUUUGAAAGAGCGAGAAAAAUUUGAAGAAAUCGAGUUGAUCAAGAGAGGCCUGCAGGAACAGCUUGCAGCUAAAUCCGAGGCUGCAGAACACUACAAAGCUCAGAUGGAGAAUGCUGUGAGUCAUUACAAUGGCAAGAAGCAGCUUCUUCAAAAAAGCCAAGAAGAAGUGGAUGAACUCAAACAUUCCUUAGAAGUUAAAGACCGUGAAGUAAAGGCUAUUGUCAUGGAGAAUAAGCUGCUUCAACUCGACCUGGACAAGGCCCAAACCAAUGAGAAGAAACUUUUGAGCCUAGUGGCCAGUUUGGAGGCACAGCUGGCCUGUGCUGACCAAACCCUGCGAGCACAAAAUAAGAUUCAUGGCGGUGCAACAGAGUCGUGUUACUUGGAGAUUCCCAACACACUCUCAGGUGUUUGCACUGGUGCACACGGGAAGAGGACCAUGAGCUCUGACAGCCUGGACCAGAGCUCCCUGGAAGACUCCCUGAACACCACAAGGAAACUUUCAGCACCUGGUGAAUCCAGCACACCUCUUGUUCGCAGCUCAGAACGUUUAGCAGCCAAACGUCGGGGUCUGCAGGCUGAGUCACUGGAAACCUUGUACUUUACACCGAUAAACACCAGACAGAUUAAUAGAACUGGAACAGAUCACAAUAUGGAACUGGAUUCAGCCCGCAAAAAUCCAUCUUCAUCCGUCAAACGACGCAGGACCACACAGGUUAUAAACAUCACCCUGACCAAGAAAACUCCAGGUUGCAGUGAAGGUGAUGAGACUUUCUACAGCUUGCCUCCUGCUCGCUCCCAACCAAACCUCUCCAGUGCCCACUCGGCACGACCCGUGUCUAUGGAGCUGUUUGACACACCUGCCAGGAUGACCACUGCUGCCAACGACCAGCUCAUUGGUCUUCCUGGGUACAGACGGAGCACAAUUCAUUCACAGACCACUGGAACAUUCUGUGUGGGAGCUGAGAACGAGCCUGAUGGUGCACCUGAUGAUUGGCUGAGGAUUGCUGAGCUGCAAGCCAGGAACAAGGCCUGUCUUCCUCAUCUAAAGAGCAGCUACCCUGUGGAGUCUGAGACUGGCCGUAGUGGUGCAUUCAUUUUCACAGAUGAUGAACUCCGUACAGGAGACCCAUCAGAUACAAUCCGUAGAGCGACCAUGAACCCCGGCCAGCUCCACGACUCCCUUGUCUCCCACCGCCAGUCUCUCAUGUCGGGACAGGCAGGUGCUGCAGCCGGGACUCGUUCUCACCGACUGUCCUUGAUGCCAGGCCAGCUGUCAUCAAAAACUGUCAGCUCCUCUCAGAUUAGAAGCCCAAAAGGCACAAAGCGGUCUGCAUUGUCUGUACAUCAAGCUUCACCUGAGAAAAAGACAAAGACCAGCUGCUUCCCUCAUCCACUCACUCCCAAAAAUAAGAAUGUGAUCAGUGGACAUUCAAGCUCUCAUCUUCAACCCAUCCUCAGUCCAGCUGACCGGAGGCAGUCAAUGAUGUUCACUAUUGACAACACCCCCAAAAAGAACAACUACCUAAAGAAAGGCCUGAAUAAACUACGCAGCUCCACCCGGAAAUCUCCAGGCACAAGUUCAAAGAAAUCGCCUGCUCCGCCAAGUGCACGGAAAGGCCAGGAAAACCUGCCUUCAGGAGUUUCUCGUGCUGGAGUGGGACGAGCUGGCAGAGCUGGCAACUUUAAGUCACCCCAAGUGCCAACUAAAGGACUGAGGAAAUCUCCACAAACCUCCAGCCGGUCUGCGAAGUCUCCAGGGCUGACAGCCAGCGCUCGCAAGAAACAUGUGUCUGUAAAGGAGGACAAAGAAGAAACCCUUGCUGGAAGACCAUAAAGAUGAUGAGCAGAAUGAAAGUUUGAGGACUUUUUCGCAGAUCGGAAUUGGGAUCAUCUACAGUUUGACCUGAUCGUACUUUCUUUUGUUGUUGUUUUAUUUCACUAACACAUUGUGAUUUUUACUGUUGUCCGUCAGGACUCUUUUACAAUCUUCCUUUUAAUUGACCUUUUAUUUUUUUCUGUAUUAUAUUUACAUGUUGGUCAAUAAAACAAUUUAAUGGAAAGCCUA